AUGUCGCAAUUUGCAUAUGAUUCCUGGAAAAUCAUCAAAUAUCGAGAAUUGAACAGGACUGAUCGAAGAAUUGUGAGUUUCUUAUCUAAAAUUGCCUUCAAAAAGACAUAAAUUAACUUCAGGACGGUGAUAUUUCUUUGGCCAAUGAUUCUUCGCGUCGAACUCUUUUUGUUUAUUUCGAUGGAAAUGAGAUUGAUCGGGUGACAUAUUCGCGAAAUGUUGCGCGAUAUCCGCUGUUGAAAUUGGAUGGAAAGAAUCUGACUGUGAGAUUCAACGAAGCCGGCCAAGGUUUUCGAAUUGUCUUCGAAACUGAUUAUCAAAAGGAGACAUUCUCGAAAACCAUGCUCAAAUUGACAUAUAUUUCGGAAAGUCCACUGAAGUUUGCACAAAACAGAAUAUCGAUGCCUAAUGAUGGGUUUGGAAGUGCAAGAUAUGGCUCGCAGCCGACAAGAAACUUGCAUGAUGUAAUGUCACAACAACAACAACAUCUUCCCAUUCAUAAUCCGUAUUCGCAACCAGUUGGAAUUGAAGUAGAUAGAUAUCGAGCUGCCACUGUUGUCAACAUGUUUCCCGAAUCGCCACAGGGUUCAAGUUUCCCAUCGACGCCUUCGUUUUAUGGCGGCAGUGAUCUGUCACCAUAUUCGAACUUCUCACAACAUUCGUCUUCGUCAAGAGGCUUUGCAUCGCCAGCACCAAGAAAACCUCUAAUGGUUGAUGAAAGUACGCAAACUAUGGAAUUGGCGGAGGCGAUCAAAACUGGAGUUGUUUCGCUUUCAGAUGAGAUGGAGAAAUUCGUAUGUUUUUUUUAAAGCAGGAAAUGCCAGUAGUUCACGUUCAAACAUUAUUUUAUUCCAGACAUCAAAUGCGUCAUUCAAAGGGAUGUUGAAAAUGAUUGUCCAACAAAUCAAAAACAACCCGGAUCUUCAGAAAUUGAUAGACGAUACCGAGAGUGCGAGUGAUGUCAGCCAAGAUCCGUUUGAGUUUUUGGAGCAGGUAAACAACAUAUUUUUGAAAAUUUCCAACAAGAAUUUGAGAUUUUCAGAGGCCAUCAGCUGUUCAGCCAAAAGUUGUGCAAAGAACAUCAUCAUUCAACCCGAAAUCGGUGUCAACUCCACGAGGAAGUCGUCAAAGUUCGAGAAUUUCAAGACAAGUUUCGGAGAGAAAAACGCAGCCAAAAGGAAAAACUGAAUCAAGCAGUGUGGCUCGAAGAAAGUCAUCGAAAAAAAUCGAAAAAGAAUAUGAGGUGAGAACAUAACUUUUUGUGACAAAUUAAACUAAAAAAAACUAUUUUUGCAGUAUUCUUCAACUCGCCGAACAUCAGCCCGAAUUCUGGCGAAAAGAAUCUCCUCAUCUUCCUCAGCGACUUCUGAUAAACCAUCAACUUCAACUCAAAGAAGAUAA